AUGUCUACCGCAGCAUUCCAAGUGACCAUCACAAACCACACGACAACGUCGCACCCGAGUCCCCAUAUCCUUUAUGUCGUCAAAGUCAACACCGAGCAAGGACAGUACCAAGUCCUCCGAAGGUUCUCUGAGUUCUACGAGCUUCAUCUGAGCUUAGGCGACCAAUACAACUUCCCGCCUAAGCGCAGUGUGUCGAAUUCGCUUCUACCGAGGGCUUGGGUCGACGAUGAACUCAUCGCAGAGCGUAAACACGGGUUGCAGGACUACAUGACAAACGUCCUCGGCGACUCCAAACUUACUGGAAACGCCGCCAUUACAAUGUUUCUCUCUGACGAUGAUGGCGGUGGACAUCCUGAAAUGUCUUCGCUUCGGCACAUCGUCCUCAAAGGCGAGGAGACCAAGGGCGCCGAAGGGAAGAAGCCUAUCGCAGCGGCGUACUAUACAAGCUGGUCCGCGUGGAGCAAUCCACCUAGCAAGAUCGAUUUCUCAAAGUUUGACGUCCUCUUCUAUGCAUUUGUAGUACCAAACUCUUCCUCCACAAUCAGUUGGGACUCUGGAAGCCAAGAUACUCUGAGGACCCUGGUAUCAAGUGCUCGUAAGAGCGGCAAGGGAACAAAGAUUGUCCUCUCCAUUGGCGGUUGGGCGGGCAGCUACUGGUUCUCCAACUCUAUGAGUAACAACGAUAAUCGACAGAGGCUUGCCAACGAGUUGAUUGGCGCCGUUAAUUCGUUUGGCCUCGAUGGUAUCGACAUCGAUUGGGAAUAUCCGAAUUCCGAAGGUUCUGGCAACCCUCACUCAAGCAAGGACGCCACCAAUUUACUCACCUUCGUCAAGAUACUCCGCUCCCGUAUGGGUUGGUCGAAGAUUAUCUCUGCGGCGGUGCCUCAUCAACCGUGGUUGGGUCCUGAUGCCCGACCCAUGAGAAAUGUAUCCGACUUUGCUGCCCAAAUGACAUACGUGAAUAUUAUGAACUACGAUGUCUCUGGCGGAACGGCACCACCUGGUCCUAACGCUCCCCUGGGCAACGCGUGUAAUAAAGCCAAACUUGCAAAUGCCAAUGCACAGGCCGCGUUAGGAUUCUGGACUGCUGCGGGCUUCCCGGCGAACAAGCUCCUCCUAGGAUUACCCCUGUAUGGAUAUGUGAUCAGGAGUUCCGCGACGAAGAUGUCGGCCUCUUUGGUGGACAACGUUGAACAUAUGGGCAAGCACUUGAUACCCGGGACCUAUAAACACGAAGAAGGGGACAGUGAUAUGGCGCCAGCGGGGGAUCUCACUCACCUAUACGGCCAGCAAAUUGGUUUCAAUCAACUUGUGUCAAUGCGAGCGCUCAAAAAACAAAAGGACGGGUCAUACGUAGGGGAUAACGGAUACAAGAGGGGCUGGGACAACUGCAGUUCUACCCCAUUCUUGUUUAACACGGCGAAGAACACAUUCGUCUCGUACGAUGACCCGCCAUCGCUAGCAAUGAAAGCGCAAUUCGCUAAACAGAAGGGUUUCGGUGGCUGCUUUACUUGGUCCCUUGACCAGGACGAUGGUGUCGCUUUGCAGGAUGCCAUUCGAAAGGACUUAGGCCUCAAAUAG